AUGGACUGGGGGGCAUUAUUUUUUAGCCACUCGCACUUUUUAUCCCUAAUGAACCAUACUAUUUCUACCCUGAUAGAGAUCAAUUCCACUAAAGAAAAGGUUUGGUCGACUUUGAUCAACACUUCUGAUUACCAAUGGGCAGAGUUCCUCAAUAUUAAAGGAACUGUGGCACCCGGAGCUCAACUAGAAGUUGAUUUAGACAUGAGUUCCAAACAAACCUUCAAACCCACAGUCACUUCUUUUAAACCCAAUGAAAGAUUAAGUUGGUUAGGAAAGUUACUCAUCGGAGGGAUUUUCGAUGGAGAACACAUUUUCGAAAUCGAAGAAGCAAACGGUAAAGUUCUUUUAAAACAAACUGAAAAUUUCUAUGGGAUCUUGGUAUAUUUCACUUCUGGUAUGUUAGAUAGGGAUGUCAAGCCAGGAUUCGAGAGAUUCAAUGAAGCUUUGAAGAAGAAAGUUGAAUCACUGUGA